AUGAGCGCCCACCGCGUCGCGUCCGCCGCGCGGCUAGCUCUCCGCAGCGCCAACCCCUCGGUCUUCCGAUGCGCCUCCGAGCACACACUCUCCAGGACAUCAACAGCGACAGCGACAGCAACGACGAGAACAGCACGGCGAUGCUACGGCACUCCUGCGUACCAGCAGUACUCGCUCUACCCGAACAACGCGCCACCGCCGCCACGCGCCGAGGCCAAGGAGCCGCUGCCCGCCGUGAACGAGACGCGGCCUCCGAAGACGUCAUCAGCAGCGAGUAACGUGGCGAGCACGACGCUCGAAGUCGAGCAGCCUGCGAAGCGGUCGGCAGCACGGGCAGGAUCCACAGCACCCACGACGACGACGACGACACCGCCAUCCUCGUCAGCAGCAGCGACAACAACAAUAUCCCCUCCGACACCCAAAGCCGCCACCGCAGCCACCACAUCCCCGGCGGCCACGCCAGCAGCAGCAGCAGCAGCAGCAUCCCCCCCCAAGACGGCGCGCCCGCGGCCCAAGCUCCGCGCGCGCAAGGCGGCGAUGAAGCUGACGGCGGCGGCGGUCGAGCAGCUGCAGGCGAUGCUCGAGGGCCCGGACCCCAAGCUCAUCAAGGUCGGGGUGCGCAACCGCGGGUGCAGCGGGCUGGCGUACCACCUCGAGUGGGUGGACAGGGCGGGCAGCUUCGACGAGGAGGUGGUGCAGGACGGCGUCAAGGUGCUCAUUGACAGCAAGGCGCUGUUCAGCAUCAUUGGCAGCGAGAUGGACUGGGUCGAGGACAAGCUGAGCCAGCGGUUUGUGUUCAAGAAUCCCAACAUUAAGGAGGAAUGCGGCUGCGGCGAGUCGUUCAUGGUGUGA